AUGUCAGCGUGCACGGUCUUUGCGCGCGGCAAGCAGCUGGCGCGCGCGAUGCAGCGCGCGCCGGCGCGCCGCUGGUCGUUCCUGCCGAACGCGGACGAGCGCCGCUUGUGGCGUCUGGCCGAGGAGGCCAACGCGCGCGGGCACGACCCCGAGAUACAGGCCGCAUACCUGCGCGCGCUGGGGCGGGUCCGCCCGGCAGAGGUCGUCGCCAGGGUAGAGGCGGGGAAAUACGCCACGGGGGAGAACGUUGCGAAGGAGUACGUCAAGGCGCUCGUCGCGACGGGGGCGCUAGACCGCGUCAAGUUGCCGCAACUGCUUGAUACGAUGGGGAAGGCCGCUAAGGGGGGGGAGGGCGUUACACGGUUUGGGGGAGGGGGGCACGCGGGCGGGGGGAGUGGUGGCGGCACAGGGGGAGGCUUUUGGGGGGCUGCCGCGUCGCCGCUGCAGGGGGCCGGGGGGGCCGCGGCGGUGGGGGGUGCCGCGGCUCUUAAGAGUGCCAGCGGUGGCGGCGUGGCUGAUCCCAUUCAUGUCGCGCUUGCGGAGCCGUCGACGCAGUCGCAGAUCUGGCGCGCUGUGCGUGUGCUGGGGACCACGUUUCUGGUCCUCGGUUUUCUCGGCGUGAUUAUUGAGGAGAGGGGGAUGGCGAGGGGGAUGGGUAUCAGCACCGAAAUGUUGCCGGAGCCGGAGCUUGCGGAUCCCACCACGUUUGACGACGUCAAGGGCUGCGACGAAGCCAAGGCGGAGCUGGAGGAGAUCGUCCAGUUCUUGAGGAACCCCGCGAGCUUCACACGGCUCGGCGGCAAGCUGCCGAAAGGCGUCUUGCUGAUGGGGCCCCCUGGUACCGGAAAGACCCUGCUGGCGAGGGCCAUUGCUGGAGAGGCACAGCGCCCGUUCUUCUAUGCGUCGGGCAGCGAGUUUGAGGAGAUGUUUGUCGGCGUGGGCGCCAAGAGAGUCAGAGAGCUGUUUGCUGCCGCCAAACAGAGCGCUCCAUGUAUCAUUUUUAUCGAUGAGAUUGAUGCCAUCGGGGGGAAGCGCAAUCCCAAGGACCAGCGCUUUCUCACUAUGACUCUGAAUCAGUUUCUGGUCGAGUUGGAUGGCUUUCAGUCCAGUGAGGGCAUCAUCGUCAUCGGCGCGACCAACUUUCCAGAGAGCUUGGACAAGGCCCUUGUGCGCCCGGGAAGGUUUGACAGGCAUGUUGUCGUGCCCAACCCAGACAUUCGGGGAAGGACCCAGAUUUUGCAAUGUCAUACCAAGAGGAUUCCGCUCGAUGAUGACGUCAAUUUGGAGCUAAUUGCGAGAGGCACGCCUGGUUUCUCGGGCGCCGAACUGGCCAAUCUUGUCAACAUGGCAGCCUUGAAGGCUGCGAUCGAAGACUUUGUGGCCGUCCACAUGAGCCAUCUUGAGUACGCCAAGGAUAAGAUCCUCAUGGGUGCAGAGAGGAAGUCGGCCGUGCUCAGCGAUGAGACCAGGGAAACUACUGCGUAUCAUGAGGGUGGCCACGCUCUUUGUUGUCUGUACACAAAGGAGGCCUUCCCCGUGCAUAAAGCGACUAUCAUGCCGAGAGGGCAGGCUCUCGGCAUGGUUUCCCAACUCCCGUCAAAGGAUAUGACGUCGAUGUCAAAAGCGCAAAUGCUGGCCAAGCUAGAUGUAUGCAUGGGCGGUCGAGCGGCGGAAGAAUUGAUCUACGGGAGAGAUUACGUCACGUCGGGGGCGUCGUCUGAUUUCCAGCAGGCGACGGAUCUUGCAGAAGCUAUGGUCACGCAAUAUGGAAUGUCUGAAAAACUCGGGCAAGUCAUCUACGACAAGCAGACCGAAUCCACAGAAACGCGUGCACUCAUCGAGACCGAAGUACGCGCGCUGCUAGACGGAUCGUAUGAGCGUGCCAUGCGGGUGUUGAAAAUGCAUGAAGCUGAACUGCACCGUCUUGCCAAGGCACUCCUCGUUCACGAAAGUCUAACUGGUGAGCAAGUGCGGCUCGCUGUCAAGGGUGAACUUCCCCCUCCGGUGCUUACCGAAAACGUCCAGGGUAAAGCAGUCCAGGGGAAUGCAGCCGCAGGCAAGACCCCCCCUACGGAUGAGAAGGGGUCGGUUCUUGGUGCACCAAACGUCACGAGAGAUGCGGACUCGUAGAUUUGAUGAUGGGCGCGAAGCUCUUUGUACAAAAGUCUUGCCGAGAAGACACCGGCCUGGGGGGAUAUGUCGACUUGUCGGGAGAUGCAGAUGUUAAAGACGAAAUGAGGAUGCGAGGUUUCACCACUCUUGUUUUUUGCGAGAGGUUAUGUACUCACAAUGCAGCUCGAAAAUCGUGACUGCGACACGCUAACGGCCGCGCGCACCCAUAUUGCUCAGCCUGUUGCUUUCUGCAAAAUGCCUUGGCUCUUCGAAUCGCAGUGCCCCUUCGUAUGCAGCAGUGCUCAUUUUGCAAGAUAUCUACUGGAUCUUCUGCUAUCCGUGCACUGUGGUUGCACGGAUAGGCCCUAUUUUUAGUACGACGACUGAGUAUGCGAACCAAGAUGACACGCGAAAUGGGUACAGAGGAAUCAUAUUGUGAGUACGGUAGUUUUCAAUCUACGCUGAAGAGCGUGGAUCGAUGCGGUCGGUAGUCAUCGUCCCGGGCGGGGGUCGAGUUUGAUGGGGGGGAUACCAUGGAAUUGAAUUACCACGCUCACAUGUGAGCGAUUUUUAUUGUAGUGUGAAUUGAUGACGCUCAAGAUGAACGGUUCUUGUGUACCCGUUGACCGCAAGUCCCAAACUGUUUGGGUUGUAAAUACGUAUUCAGCUCGAUUGACACGUCUCACAUGAUUAGGUCAUGCUUCAGAGCAUCACUCGUAUAUGUCGCUAUUUCUAUUAGUAAAGUGCGUCAACAAACGGUACGCAACAGCAGAUUGGAU